AUGGCCGAUACCCCUCCACAACCCGUAGCGAGCUCCUCAAAGACGAGCUUCUUGCCCGCAAAGUCAUGGCAGCACUUCGUCGGCGGUGGUCUGGGGGCCAUGUGCGGAGCGAUCGUGACAAGUCCGUUUGACGUCGUCAAGACACGACUACAGUCGGACCUUUUCAGAGUCAAGCACACGUCUUUUGGGCUGGCCGGCGGAGGUGUUGCAACAGGGCACAUCAUUCGCGACAUCUACCGCGAAGAGUCCCUCCGCGCGCUCUUCCGUGGACUCGGCCCCACCCUCGUCGGGGUCAUCCCCGCGCGCUCCAUCAACUUCUUCACCUACGGCAACGGCAAGCACAUCAUCGCCAACCACUUCAACGACGGGCGCGAGAACUCCUGGGUACACCUCAGCGCCGCCGCGUGCGCGGGCAUCGCGACUGGCACUGCGACGAACCCCAUCUGGGUCAUGAUCAAGCGCAUACUACGGGAGGAGGGCUUGAAGGGAUUCUACAAGGGCCUGAGCGCGAGCUAUCUGGGCGUGACGGAGGGCACGAUACAGUGGACGCUGUACGAGCGGCUAAAGCUACUGACGGCAAGUACGGAGGGCCAGGGCGGCGUGCAGGAGUGGUUGGGUAUGCUCGGGAGCGCGGGGACAUCGAAGUGCGUCGCUACGCUGAUCACAUACCCGCACGAGGUGAUCCGGACACGACUGCGGCAGCCGCUCGUGGACGGCAAGAUGAAGUAUACUGGACUCGUCCAAACGCUGCGGCUCGUCAUCGCGGAGGAGGGCACGCGCUCGCUCUACGGCGGGCUCAGCGCGCACCUCAUGCGCGUUAUCCCCAACGCCGCCGUCAUGUACUCCAUCUACGAGGCCGUCCUCCGCUGGUCAUGA